AUGAAACUCUUCCCCCCCUUCAGCAAGUGUUUUUCUUGCUUGGGCUUCCUCUUUACGGUACUGCAAAAGUCAGGAAGCCUGAAUUCAGACAGUCCCGAAUGCAGCCAAAGAGAAGACAACCCGGCGUGCUCAGGGUCUUUAGUGGCCAUGCCUCUUUCUUUGCCGGAAGGUGGCUGCGAUGGAUUGGGGAGCUGUAAGCUCCAUGUUCUUGUGCCUGAAGAAUUGGCAACCCCAGAGGAAGUGCAAGAUGUCCCUCCUGGUGAGCCACAGAUGGAAUUCAAGCAAAUCCUGAAGCACACUGGAGACCUCAACAAGACCCCUUCCAAGACAAGGACUCUGAUGGACCGACUCAGCUUGGUGGAAACCAGAGUGGUUUCCGUGGCAUCAAGCCUGCAGAAACUGCAAGAGGAGAGCCGGCUUAAUCUACAUCGCCUAGAGGAGCAACUCAAUUCCUUGGUGGCCUUGUUGCUGGGGAUUCUCUCUGGCUGCAAGUUGCCUUGCAGUGAAUCAGUUCUGAAGAUGUCCAUUCUUGAUAUAGGGAAAGAGCACAAGACUGAGGAGACACCAGCACUUUUGGUGGAACCCUCUGAAAAUUCUGGGCAAAAGUAUCCUCGGGAUUGUGCCGAAAUCCACAAACAGGGCAUCAGAGACAAUGGGAUAUAUACCAUCCAGCCCAUUCCUGUCCGGCAACCCUUUGAGGCAUACUGUGACAUGGUGACAGAUGGUGGUGGAUGGACCAUGAUCCAGCGCCGACAGGAUGGCACUGUGGAUUUCAACCGCACUUGGCAGGAGUACAGGCAGGGAUUUGGCAGUCUACAAGGGGAGCAUUGGCUGGGCAAUGAGCACCUCCAUAGCUUAACCCGUGUGGGUCAACACGCCCUGCGUGUAGAGCUGGAGGACUGGCAUGGCAUCAAGCGGUAUGCCAUUUAUCGCAAAUUCAAAGUGUCCAGCGAAGCCCACAAGUAUCGCCUGACAGCCCGGGAAUAUCAAGGCAGUGCAGGCAACGCUCUGAGCUACAGCCGCAACUACAACCACAACCACAAGUGCUUCACAACUUGGGACAGUGAUAAUGACAAUUACCCUGUGGGCAACUGUGGUGCGUACUAUGGGGCUGGCUGGUGGUUUGACUCUUGCCUCGCAGCAAACCUUAAUGGGAAGUACCACCAUGGACACUAUAGUGGGGUGACCAAUGGCAUCUACUGGGGAACAUGGUACAUUUUGAUUGAUAAAAGAACCAAUCAGAAGUACUCCUUCAAGAAAGUAGAAAUGAAAACAAGGCCUGGCAACUUUUAAGAGAAGCCUGCAACUAGAAUGCCUGAUGCGUGUGGACUUGUGGCAGGGAAAAAGUCUUUAUGGAAAAAAAUGAAAAGUGCCUGCUACUGAGAUCGACUUGGGGAAACCAAGAUAACCUGUGUCUGUGUUCGAAACAGGACAAAAGUCUACUUGUGGUGUGUAAUCUUCUGAAGUCCCUAGAAAACAAAAUAGCAGCAUUGUCACCAAGCUGCUCACAACUCUUGUAACAAUCACCAAGUCCUGAUCCCACCUGCAACAAUUAGUUGCUGCCCCUCCUUUCCCCUUUUAUAUCGACUUCAGCAAUGCUUCUUUCAUACUCCCUGGUGGAAUUCAUUUUCAGGUCAGCACACAUCUGCAGUUUUUAAGAUAUUUGUUUCACAAGUGGCUCAUUCCCCCUUUGUAGCCUGGACAUACAUCACAUUGCUUCACCCUCCUAGUUCAUGGCUUGCUGUUUAGUGGGCACCAGUAAUUCCAGGUUUAAUCUGGAGAGGAAUUGUAGCAAGGGAAUAGGUCUUAACAAUAUAUUAUUCCAAGUCUUCUACUUCAGAUCAUAGCAGAGUUGGAAGGGAUCUAUAAGGCCAUCGAGUCCGACCCCCUGCUCAAUGCAGGAAUCCAAGUUAAAGCAUACCCAACUGGUGGCUGUCCAGCUACCUCCUUAAUGCCUCCAGCGUUGGAGAGCCCACCACCUCCCAAAUCAGCUCCUUUCAUUGGGAUUUUUACAAAGAACUACAAGCCUUGUAUAAUGAUCUGGACCUUUCCAGUGCUUAAUUUCUAAAGAGGUAACCUGAGCUUACGUACCUGGAAGACUUGCUCUUUUACUCUAAGCAAAUGGGGAUAAAUUGCAGGAAUUCAGAAGAGGCAUUCAGAUUUUCAGAGGAUUAAUAUGCUUUGUCCGAACACUAGAAGGCAGAAAAAGUUGCACUUGCAUUUUCUGCACAAGAUUGUCAGAUACAGGCCAAGCCAGUGUUCAGAAACCCUUAGUCCCUCUGUGGCACAUGGGAACUUCCAAGUUGUAGUUUGGGAUGAAGCAACAGGGAAUGCAUCCUUACUCCCUCACUUGUGAUGACAUUCCUGCUCAUAAAUAUGUAAUGGAGUGGUGAAUCAGUGCUGCCCAAGGGCUCCCCUCUCUGAAAGGCAUGCAGCAGUGGAUGCCUCCAACAGACUUAAAGACACAUUGUAGCCCUUUUGUGGCCCACUGGUGUGCACCAGGCUAGUUUGGGAAUCACAUCUUAUGACAUGUUACUGAAGGGAUAAAGCAGAUUACCUGGCAGUGUUAGUAAUAAAGUGCCUUUGUUAAAAAUACUUACAGUUAUUAGUAAUCUCAAGCCUAAAAUCCAGAGAGAAACAAAGUCAUGGGGGCUGUUAAACUAGUAAUAGGAGCAGUGUCCUUAAUUACCAAUGAGAGCUGGAGAACCAGCCUUGGA